AUGUUAGAAAAAAAGUUUGCUGACAUUGACAAGAAAUUUGAGAAUGUUUUAAACAAGAACAAGAGGAAGUUAGAAAAUGCUCAGAUAAAGCCUAUACAUGACAAGUUCUUAUUUGCUCAGAAUGGUAUAACAGGUCUAAUUGCACCACCUGGGUCGGGUAAGACUUUCACUUAUCUUAAAAUGGCUGCACAACAACAAGAACUAGAUGAGAAGAACCCAUUCUAUGAGUUAGUUGUCAUUUGUAGUACUUCUGGUCAAUUUGACCAAACCGUCAAUUCGUUCAAAGAUAUUAUAAAGAAGUCUAAGUUAGUAUGUAUAAAAGACUCUGAGUUGUUAGAUUGGAUAAAGAAGUACCAAAGAAGAGUUUUGAAGUAUAAUGCUAUAAAUGAGUAUAUAAAUUCUAAGUUUAAAGACCCAAAUGAGGAAAUGCAGAGAAUAUUAGAGAAGAAACACUUCAGAAACAAACAGAAAGAGAUAGAAUAC